AUGUAGUGGCUGGAACUGGACAAGUCCCAAAUAGCAAGUCCAUAGCCAAAACCAAGCGAAUGAACUUGCAAAUUUUGCUUGAAGCUCAUAAAGGCCCGCAAAACAACCAUUUCCUUCAAUAAUUUCUAUCAACUGUAACAUCUGUAUGUUGAUUCUUUUCUCUCUUUCUCUUUCACUUCCAUUUUAUUCCAUAUAUGUUUGUUUUCCUUAUGCUGGAUAUCUUAGUUUGUAGUGAAAAUACUGAGUUCUUUACCAACUCGGACUAUACCCAGAAUUUUGAUUCUUGUUCUUUAUAGUGGAUUUUGAUCUUUUUGUGCCUUGCCUUGGAUUAUUCUUGUUAUUAUUUGCUCUAUCCAUGGCUAUCUUGCUGAAUCCAGUGUCUCCAAUUGCACACCCUUCACCAGAAACUAGUAGAAAGAGUUGUGGGUUCUUUUCUCAUGUCCCAAAUCUUCAUACAUUUUCCGUCAACAAGGGUUUUGCCAGAGUGUUGGCAUCUACCCCGAUCACCAUUUCUCCUAAAGACACUGUUUUUACUGUGCCCAAUUGGAGGACAGGGAAGAAUGACACUAGGAGUAAGGAAUUUAGACUUAAUGAUGCUUUUCUUCACUUUGAGCGUAUGGUAGAGAAGGGCCAAAAGCCUGAUGUAGCUCAAGCAACUCAGCUCUUGUAUGAUCUUUGCAAGGUAAAUAAGGCGAAAAAAGCUGUUAGAGUAAUGGAGAUGAUGGUAGGAUCUUGUAUAAUCCCUGAUGCAGCUUCUUAUACUUUCUUGGUAAAUUAUUUGUGCAAAAGAGGUAGUAUUGGGUAUGCGAUGCAAUUGGUUGAUAAAAUGGAGGAAUAUGGUUAUCCAACCAAUACUGCUACUUAUAAUUCACUUAUUAGAGGGACUUGUUUGCGUGGAAAUUUGAACCAAAGUCUGCAGCUUUUAGAUAGACUGAAACAGAAAGGGUUGGUUCCAAAUGCCUUUACUUACUCAUCUUUGCUUGAAGCUGCUUAUAAGGAAAGAGGGGUCAAUGAAGCCAUGAAGCUCUUGGAUGAGAUAAUUGCUAAUGGUGGGAAGCCUAAUUUGGUUAGUUACAAUGUAUUGCUGACUGGGUUGUGCAAAGAAGGUAGGACUGAUGAGGCUAUCCACUUCUUUAGGAAUUUGCCUUCGAUGGGUUUCAAUCCGAAUGUUGUGAGUUAUAACAUUUUACUAAGGAAUUUGUGCUACGAGGGUCGGUGGGAAGAGGCAAAUAUGCUUCUGGCUGAGAUGGAUGGUGGGGAACGAACCCCAUCCAUUGUUACUUACAACAUAUUAAUUGGUUCACUUUCACUUCAUGGUAGGAUUGAACAUGCUUUUGGGGUUAUGGAUGAGAUGAUAAGGAGACGGUUCAAGCCCACUGCUGCUAGCUACAAUCCUAUAAUUGCUAGUCUCUGUAAAGAGGGGAAGGUCGAUCUUGUGGUUAAGUGCUUAGACCAAAUGAUGUAUCGACGAUGCAGUCCUAACGAGGGUACAUACAACGCCAUUGCUGUGCUGUGUGAGGAAGGGAUGAUACAAGAGGCAUUCUCUAUAAUUCAAAGUCUAGGUAACAAACAGAAGUCCUCCACACAUGAUUUCUCCAAGAAUGUGAUUUCGAGCUUGUGUAGGAAAGGGAACACAUAUGCUGCAUUUCAGCUUUUAUAUGAAAUGACAAAGUAUGGAUUUACUCCGGACUCUUAUACUUAUUCAUCUUUGCUCAGAGGGUUGUGUAUGGAAGGUAUGCUGGAUGAGGCCAUGGAGAUUUUUAGUGUGAUGGAAGAGAAUAACUACAGGCCUAAUACUGAAAACUUCAAUGCCCUUAUACUUGGGUUUUGCAAAUCUCAAAGAACAGAUUUGGCGGUCGAUGUUUAUGAGAUGAUGAUUGAGAAAGGGUAUAUGCCUAAUGAAACAACUUAUAUCAUUAUCGUGGAAGGAAUUGCUAGUGAAGGAGAGAUGGGGAUAGCAGCAAGAGUUUUAAAAGAGUUGCAACAGAGACAGGUUAUUGAUCAAAGUUCAGUGGAAAGGCUUGCUAUGCAGUAUGACCUUGAGGAUUUACCAGUACUAUAAGUGGAACAAAAAAGAAAAGGAUAAAUGGAAAGAAAAAGCAUACUGGAACAUGAAUAUGUGUUCAACCAUCCAUUUUUUGGAUUGAACAUUCAGAAGGACGAGGAAAAGAAGGGAAGAAAAGAGUGAUCCUCUUGAAAGAAAUCAACAUUAUACUCGUAGUUCUGGAAUUGCGGAACAAAACAUUUGAAGCAUGACGGUUUUCGCCACUGUGGUACCAUUCCAAAUUGCUUACCAGAUGGUCUUUUUGUUUGUGAAAUCAGUACCAGUUGAUUUUGUAGAGCAAUUAUUUUCUCUCUCUUCUUAUGCUAUCUAACACAAAGUUCAUUCCUUUUUCCUAGUUUCUGUCUGUGUAAAUAAAAGUUAUUUUUCCGUAGUUACUUUAUGAGAAAAAAAUGUUUUUGGAAUUAUAUAACAAGUUCAGAGAUUGAUUGC